AUGGCUUCGAAUUUGGCCAAUUCGCUCUCCAAGCCACCCGCUCGAAGAGUCAGCAAUUAUAUAUUCUACCAGGGGGGAAAUGAGCAGGCUUUUGAUGAGUACGGACUUACACACAUGGUAAUGCAAUGGGGCCAAUAUGUCGAUCAUGAUCUCACAGAUACUCGUGAAAGUGGACUCCGGGCGGAUAUAAAGUGCGAUGCAAACGAUCACGAUUUUCCGGGCCAGAUCAUGGAGUUCACAAGGGCCGCUGGCGUUGGCAACGAUGACGGAUCCAACGUCAAUGCUAAAACACAUUUCCUAGACGGUUCAAAUAUAUAUGGCUCCGAUUCGAGCACACUUUUGGAGCUUAGGGAUGUUACAACUAGCACCGGUUUGAAUCGCUUUCUUCUGAAGAUGACUAAAGAAUACGACAAUCAAGCCUUAACUAGACGUCAACUACUACCUAUCAGAAUCAAUACAUACAAUGAAGAAUAA